GCCGAGGAGAAACCACGGAUAAAAGUCAAAAACACAUAACGCUAAUCCAUCAAAAAUGCCGAUUUCAAAUGAAGAUUCCUUUAGCGAUAACGAUGGAGACCGCGUAAUAGUCAUGGCAGACAACGCAGUUGCAGACUUACAAAAACAAAUACGUCAGUUGCAACUAUCUUUAGAAGCCUCCGAAAAGAGAGGUUAUCUCUGAAACAAGCAAUCGCCUCGACAACUGCUGCCGUCGAUGCCAAGACUACUGGGUCACUUGCCGACUCUUUUCAAGUCAGUGUUGCCGCAUCUGUUAAGCCAAUGUAUGCCUAUACAAAUACAGCCGAUAAUUUUGCCUACUCAUUGCCACACAUGAGCCAUGCCAACGCCGCCGUUCUUGCUCCACCGAAUUCUAACGUCAGCGCUGCCGCCGUAUUUUUCGCCAGUUCUAUUGCUUAUACAAAUUAUAACUACAACCCUACAUCAGCCCACCAUAAUAUGCCCAGCUAUAUGCAGCCUAUUACGCCUCAUUUGAAUGUCACGUUACGUUGUUACAUGCAGUUUUCAGGCUCACCCGAAGAGUGGAGAAUGUUUAUCGUCGCCUUUAAAGAGACAACAAACAUGUUUGCAUACAGUAAUGUAGAGAACUUACUGAGCUUACAGAAAGCUCUUAAAGGAGAUGCCCGGUCAAAAGUUGAAUCGCUAUUAAUUCACCCUUCAAGUGUGAAUGCGGUGAUAUCUUCGUUACAGUUUCAUUAUAGACGACCUGAACUACUGAUACGGAGCCAGCUCACAAAAGUCAGAUCGUUUCCAUCAAUCACAAGUGGAAAAAUUCAUGAAAUCGCCAAUUAUAGCUCAAUGGUAACAAAUUUAGUCGCAUUUUUGGAGAACGCCCGUGCUGCACCUCAUCUUUCAAAACCAACACUGCUCGAUGAAUUGGUAAGUAAACUACCUAUUUACAAACGGGAAGAAUGGGCACGUCAUACAUUUGCAAUAAAUAAACCAUACCGAACAAUAUGUGAAUUUAGUUCGUGGUUACAACAGAUGUCAACAUACGUUGUAAUGGCAACAGAACUGAAUACACCACACGUGAGUUCCGAACAACCAUCACGAAAAUGUAAUAGAUCACCAAAAACAGUGCUAACCAUAUCUGAAGAAAAAUUUAAAUGUAUAUUUUGUAAAGAUAAUCAUCGAUUGUAUCAAUGCAUGAAAUUUAAUAAAGUUAAUAACGACAAGCGAUGGGAAAUUUCUACUGCAGACAUUAGAGCCGAAGAGAUCUUGCGCAGUACAACGAAGUUCGUGGGUCUUUUAUGGAAAAACGACAACAUAUCUCUGCCAGUGAGUUAUAACGCAGCACUAAAACCACUUCAAAUUGUAGAACGCAAAAUGGCAAGUGAUAUUAAUUACAAAAAAUGGUAUAUAGAAAAGGUAAACGACUACGUAGAUAAGGGUUAUGCCAAAAAACUUACUUCGGAUGAAGUUGAUAUACAGAGCGAGUGA